CCGCGCAAGCCCACCCAGCCUCUCCCGCUUCGUUUCCCCUGUCGCUUGGCGCCGAAUCCAAUCCACCACCCCGAGCCAGCGGAGCGUCGUCGUCCCCGCUCGGCUUCGGCUCCGCUCCUCCGGCCGUGCCAGGCUUGCCAGCCCACGACGGCCUCGGGGAGACCAAAAUAGAAACUUCCGCUGGUAGGUCGCCCCCGCUUUACCCCACCCCCGACCCCGCGCACGCCUCCCCUGCCCCGGGCAAAACUGCCGCCCUCCCUCCCUCCCCCCCUCCGGCUCGCCCCGCUCCCCCCUCCCCGCUCUUUCUGUGAGGAGGGAAGAGAGGCGGAUGCCGAGGCGACGGGGCGCUGGCGCGCCGCAGGCAUGACGCCGCCCGGGGGCAGGUGAGGUAGCGCGCGGUUUUAAAUCGCCCCGCGCCUGCCAUCUCGCCAUACUUUACUCGCCGCCUGCGGACAUGGGUUCCGGCCUCAAGUACCGGGCGGGGCUGUGCCUGAUUGUCGCCGUCGUGCUCAUCUGGGUCAUCUCCGCGGAGGUCACGCAGGGAAUAUUCACAAAGUACAAACAUCCAUUUGCAAUUACUUACUUGGGGGCCUCUCUUAUGGUCAUAUAUCUCCCUUUGUCAUUUCUAAAAGACUUUAUAUACAAUUCAAUGAGACGGCAUUCUGGAAACACCAGUGCUUCAAAAGUCACAAGCAAAUCUUCCUUUGGUGGUAGUGCCCCUUUGAAGAAUGGUGAAUUUCAGAAGAUGUUGGAAAUGGAAUCACAGAAAACUAUAGUGAUUCCUGUAGUAGAAGAGACAAAACCACUUAUUUAUGGAAUCACUGAAAUUAAUGAUGGCAUCCUGAAGGAGAAGCAGCUUUCUGCUAAGGAGAUUGCAACUUAUGGACUGUAUCUUUGCCCUUUAUGGUUUGUGACAGAGUAUUUAUCGAAUGCAGCGCUUGCAAGAACUAGUGUUGCCAGUACCACUGUACUGUCUUCAACUUCGGGACUGUUCACUCUUUUCAUUGGUGUUUUACUCGGACAAGACUCCAUAAAUGCUGCAAAAAUUAUUGCUGUUUUCAUUAGCAUGGCUGGUGUUGUUAUGACAACUAUGGGCCAGACUUGGGCAUCUGAUGAAUCAGAAGUAGGCAAAUCUGGGGAUACACAGAGGACUCUUUUAGGUGAUAUGUUUGGUCUUAUGUCAGCGAUCUCAUAUGGUCUUUUUACUGUGCUUCUCAAAAAAUUUUGUGGAGAGGAAGGAGAAAAGGUCGAUGUCCAAAAACUUUUUGGUUAUCUUGGACUUUUUAGUCUCGUUGCUCUCUGGUGGCUUGUCUGGCCAUUAACAGCACUAGGCAUUGAACCAAAGUUUUCAAUGCCCCACUCAACUAAAGUGGAUGAAGUGGUGGUGGCAAAUGGCCUAAUUGGAAGUGUAUUAUCAGACUACUUCUGGGCUCUUUCUGUUGUUUGGACUACUCCCUUGGUGGCCACCUUAGGCAUGUCUCUCACAAUUCCACUAGCAAUGGUUGCUGAUAUGAUCAUUCAUGGUCGUCACUAUUCAGCAGUCUAUAUUCUUGGUUCUGUCCAGAGCCUUGUGCUGUCAACUCGUUUUUUGUCAUCUGCCUCUUUACCAUUCCAGCUCCAUUGCAUGCAUUUGUCAUUUUGAUUGACCAAUUACCAUGUGAUUUGUAUUUUGGCAGGUAUUUUCAGGCUUCGUUAUUGCAAACCUCGCAGAUUGCUUUUCACGUUCUCUAGGGCUAUAGCUUCAUGAAAUAAAACAUGUUCUUACAAGAGUGUAAAUCUGGAAGCUCAAAGUUUGGGUUGGUUAGGCAAGGACUCCAGAAAACUCUGGUCUCUAGUUUCAUGUGGAUUGGGAAUUGCCAGUAGCACCUCUUUUCCCUUUGCCCCACGCGGAUGGUGAUUUUUUGCCGUGAUGAAUAGUGAAAGCCAGCAGAUCAAGAAAGAUACAGUAUGUUGUAGCAACCCUUCACAACUGUAAAUUCUAUCACUACAGAGCGCUUGUCAAUGUAUACUACGUGGUUCUUGGCCAUGUCCAGACUCUGCAUGCUUGCAAAUGGCAUGUGCCUUGGUUCCUUCG